UUGCAGCAUCAAGGUCGAAGGGGAGUAUCAAAAUCCCUGUCAUCGAAUAGCUGCGUUUGGCACUGGUGCCACAGAGUUUCUGGCCAUUGUAAGAGGUGAGUCUCUUGAAAUUAGACUUAAAAUUAAAACCACGCUGCGUCGGUAAUUUACGUUAAAGGUUACAGAAUAGCUACAGAAUCUUACAGACUCUCCCAGGCAUGACUGACAACAAACGUCGCUGGAAUAACGAGGAUGACCUGCCGGUGUACUUGGCAAGACCCGGUUCCACGGGGCAGAGCCCGCGGCAGAAGUCCUACGGGAUGUUUUCUUCCGUGGAAGGAGCUUACGAGAACAAAACCAUAGACUUCGAUUCCUACAGCGUAGGGAGAAAAGGGAAUCGGACCCCGAGAAGUGGAAGUAGGGAGAAUCUAGUGGAUGGAGAUUAUUUCAGCGGGUCUGUCAGUGAUGCCAGCGACCGUUGCAGUUCCUUUGUCAGUUCCCCCAGUGACAAAGAUGACAGGACACCGGGAGUGGAGAUAAAAUACCCGUCUGGUAAAGAGUUUCUGCAGGGGGAGCAGAAUGGAAAGAGUGACCGACUGCUGAUCAAAGGAGGAAGGGUCAUCAAUGAUGACCAGUCAUUCUUUGCAGACAUCUACCUGGAAGAUGGGGUGAUCAAGCAGCUGGGGGAGAAUCUGAUUGUCCCCGGGGGGGUGAAGAUCAUCGAGGCCAACGGGCGCAUGGUGGUCCCCGGGGGCGUCGAUGUCAACACCUGCCUGCAGAAGCCUUACCUGGGCACGCCAACCGUGGACGACUUCUUCCAGGGAACAAAGGCCGCCCUGGCUGGGGGCACCACCAUGAUCAUUGAUCAUGUGACCCCGGAGCCCGGAGCCAGUCUCCUGCAGGCCUUCGAGAAGUGGCAGGAGGCGGCGGACAGGAAGUCGUGUUGUGACUACUCCCUCCAUGUGGACAUCCCACACUGGCACGAGGGCGUGAAGGAGGAGCUGGAGCUGCUCGUCCAGGAGAAGGGAAUCAACUCCUUCCAGGUGUACAUGGCCUACAAAGACACUUUCCAGAUGACUGACAGUCAGCUGUACGAGGCCCUGGCUUUCCUGAAGGAGCUGGGAGCGGUGGUCCUGGUUCACGCAGAGAAUGGAGACCUCAUCGCCCAGGAACAGAGCAAGAUUCUUAGUAUGGGAAUCACUGGACCCGAAGGUCAUGCACUGAGCCGACCUGAAGAGCUGGAGUCUGAAGCUGUGUUUCGAGCCAUCACCCUGGGCAACCGGGUCAACUGCCCCAUUUACAUCACCAAGGUGAUGAGCAAGAGUGCGGCGGACAUUGUGGCUCUAUCCAGGAAAAAAGGAUCUGUUGUGUUUGGGGAGCCAAUCACAGCCAGCCUGGUCACUGAUGGGACACACUAUUGGAGUAAGAACUGGGCCAAGGCCGCGGCCUUUGUGACCUCUCCCCCCCUGAGUCCUGACCCCACCACUCCAGACCACCUCAACUCAAUGCUGGCCUGUGGCGACCUGCAGGUGGUGGGCAGUGCACACUGUGCAUACAGCACCUCCCAGAAAGCCAUAGGAAAGGACAACUUCACUCUCAUCCCAGAGGGAACCAAUGGAGUGGAGGAGAGAAUGGCCUUUGUGUGGGAUAAGGCAGUGGCGGUGGGAAAGAUGGAUGAGAACCAGUUUGUGGCCGUCACCAGCACCAAUGCUGCCAAAAUCUUCAACCUGUACCCCAGGAAGGGGCGGAUAGCUGUGGGCUCGGACGGCGACAUCGUCAUCUGGGACCCCGACAAGAUCAAGACCAUCACCGCUAAGACGCAGCAGUCGGCAGCGGAGUAUAACAUCUUCGAGGGCAUGGAGUGUCGAGGGGGCCCGGUGGUGGUGAUCAGCCAGGGGAAGGUGGUGUAUGAGGACGGAAACCUGCACGCUCAGCAGGGCACGGGCCGCUUCAUCCCGCGCAAGCCUUUCCCCGACUACCUCUACCAGCGCAUCAAGAUGAGGAACAAGGUGACGGCGCCGCGCGGGGUGUCCAGGGGAAUGUACGACGGCCCCGUGUACGACGUCCCCGCCACGCCCAAGUACGUGACCCCCGCCCCGUCCGCCAAGACCUCGCCCGCCAAGAACCAGCCUCCGCCCGUCAGGAACCUGCACCAGUCCAACUUCAGCCUCUCAGGGCCGGACUCACAGCGGUCGGAGAGUUACACAAAUACAAGCAAACAUUACAAGCACACACCACCUAUAGGGGCCCAAGUCGAUGACAACGUCCCCCGGCGCUCCGGGCAUCGCAUUGUGGCGCCCCCCGGUGGCCGGUCCAACAUCACCAGCCUCGGUUGAGUCCCCGUGCUCUGGCCAAUCGUCUCCGAGAGGCAGAUGGGAGAGAAAGAGAGAGAGAGCGGGCAGCUCGUAUCCGUCUCCGUGUUUGUCCAUGACCUGCCCCGUUUAAAAAAAAAAAACCUGUGGAUCCGAUUGGAGGAGUUACAGUAGUGUUAUGAUGUUUUUGUUUCUUUUUGGUUUACAGGGUUUUGAUCAUGAUCACCGCAUCCCUGUAAACUCACAUGCCGUAGUUGAUACAAGCAUGGUGCUUCCCCCUGUUAGUGGACAGAAACCGAAAUACAUAUCAGUAUCGUUUUUGUUUGUAACUGGAAACUUGGUAAUGUUGCACUUUUUCAGUGUGGUUGGAUAGUUAGGUAGUUGCAUGUAGCUAUACAUUUUUGAUGUGGACACCC